AUGGCCCAACUACGACUCACCAGUGACCAUAAACAUACUCUCUGGUCGCCUCUGCCAACCAUGUGUAGGGUAAAGCAGCUGGGGGAGCCUCCCGAGGGCUUUACGCCUCGAGUCCCUGCAGAAUCCCACGUGACCGGAAAUGAAAACGGUCUACAAGGACGUUACGUUCAGCAUGUAGGAAAAACGCUGGGACCAAUCUUCCACGAGUUGAGACUCGAUCUCCUUAUGGCCGACUACCAGGUCGGACUGCAAGUCGAUACCCUCUCCACUGAUAGGUCGGAAGCGAUGGAGCGGCGCAAGAGGCAGCCCGACCUGAUAAUAGUGGGUGCCAGCGAUCAUGUAAUUCGCCUGGUUGGUGAAUUAAAGACAUACUGGACGUUCCAGCCAAAAACGGGCCAGAGUGACGGUGACUACCUGGCGCAGAAACUGGGCCAGCUCGCUCGUUAUAUGGACGACCAUCGAUGCCGGUUCGGGUUUUAUUCCACGUACGAGAGAACGUGGUUCGUAAUGAGGGCAAGCUCGAUGACCUUCCAGGUGUCAGAACCGAUCAGGCACAACCAGGCCGCAACAAGCACCAAGCCGUCUGUUCGGCAGUGCUUCCUUUACUUCGCGGCUCUUAUCAAUGACCGCAAAGCGGCCUUCUGGCCCGAAACAUUCGGAUUGCCCUUGAUCAACCCAGGGAUGACCCUGCAAGAGUACAACCUUCACGCACUGGAAAAGGAGAGCUUUGACCCCAGCCUAGCUGGAAAAUUCUGGAACUAG